AUGCCCCUCGUAUGUAGUGAUGCGGGACGAGGCGGGGACGCUUUGAAAUCAACCCAAUCGGGCUUAGUCACUCUACUCUCGCCGAUAGCGUCAUCCGACCAAUCAACCAUCGCUGUCUCGCCGCAAUUCCGUCCGCGUCCAGCUUGUCUACAGCUGCUGCUUUGCAUCCGGCAACUCUCUCCACAAUCCCAUCCAUCCAAUUGUCAUUCGCUCCACGCCAAUCCUGGCAAUCGCAGCAUGUCCUCCAAAUCCAGAUGGGCCACCGACGACGACCCCGAAACGGAAGCCAUCCUCGCCCAGCGCAAGCGCGAAAAGGAAGAAAAGCGACGCGCCAAAGCCGAAAAACAGCGCCAGCUGGACGAGCAAGCGAAGCUCCAAGCUCAACAAGCCGAGACAGAUAGCAGUGCACCGCCCACCAAGCGUCGCCGACUAUCAAACGACCACAUCCCAGAACAACCACAACAAACACCAUCCAACAACACCACCACCACCACAACCAACAAUGAACCCAACAUCCUCACCUUCCCAACCCAAGAAUGGGGACCCUGUCGAAACGUCACCAACUUCGAACGCCUCAACCACAUCGAAGAAGGCUCCUACGGCUUCGUCAGCCGCGCCAAAGACAUAACCACGGGCGAAGUAGUAGCCCUCAAGAAACUCAAGAUGGACAACUCCCCAGACGGCUUCCCCGUAACGGGACUCCGCGAGAUCCAAACCCUCCUCGAAGCCCGACACCAGAACGUAGUCUACCUACGGGAAGUAGUAACAGGCACGAAACUAGACGAAGUCUACCUAGUAAUGGACUUCCACGAACACGACCUCAAAACCCUCCUCGACGAUAUGCCCGAACCGUUUCUGCCCUCCGAAAUCAAAACCCUCCUCCUCCAACUCCUCUCGGGCCUCAACUUCCUCCACGACCAAUGGAUCAUGCACCGCGACCUCAAAACCUCCAACCUCCUGCUCAACAACCGCGGCGAGCUCAAAAUCGCUGACUUCGGCAUGGCCCGUUACUACGGCGAUCCGCCCCCGAAACUCACCCAGCUCGUCGUGACCCUUUGGUACCGGUCCCCGGAACUUCUCCUGGGAGCAGAGAAAUACGGCACUGAGAUCGAUAUGUGGAGUGUGGGGUGUAUCAUGGGAGAGUUGUUGACGAAGGAGCCGUUGUUGCAGGGCAAGAAUGAGGUGGAUCAGGUUUCGAAGAUAUUCGCCCUCACCGGUCCCCCCACACCCCAGAUCUGGCCUGAGUUCAGAUCAUUACCAAAUGCCAAGUCACUACGACUGCCGCCUACUACGUCUGCGGUGGGCGGAAACCCGCCUCUACUGCCGAGGACCAAGUUCCCGUUUUUGACUAAUGCCGGGCUACAUCUGCUCUCGUCGCUGCUGGCGUUGAAUCCGGGUGUGCGGAUGUCGACUAAGGAGUGUCUGGCACAUCGCUAUUUCAAGGAGGAUCCUCGGCCGAAGCCGAAGGAGAUGUUCCCGACGUUUCCGUCCAAGGCGGGCAUGGAGAAGCGCAGACGGCGGGAGACUCCCGAGGCGCCGAAGCGGGGACAGGAGGCUCCGAAGCUGGACUUUGCGAGUGUGUUUGGGGGUCAGAGUGGUGGGGAGACGGGGGAACAGGGGGCUGGGUUUACGCUACGGCUGGGCUAG